GCGCGACGUGAACGACACGAACGCCACCUCGCUGUCCACCACCACAAUCGCGCAGGCCACAGCGCGUCCCGGUUUCAUCUCCUUUGACUCGAAGAUCGCGUGGACUUGGAGGAAUCGCGUCGUGGCAUAGCAGGACAGCAUCUGACCAAAGGCGAGCUCGGCGCCAGAAGCCGCAGCAACGAACAUCUUUGCACGACAUCUCGAUAGCAUCAUCGACAUGGCUGGCAUCCCUCCACCGCCGGGAUGGGCACCUCCACCGCCUCCAGGAGCGCCGCCGGGACUCUCAGCGAACGGUAUUCCCCCUCCGCCACCUGGGUUUGCGCCGCCCAAGGACCCUCAUGCGGAGAAGCUGCAGCAGAAGAAGCAGAAAUGGCUACGACAACAGAGGCAGCGUUUUGCAGAGAAGCGACGGGGUGGCUUUGUGGAAACACAGAAAGCGGACAUGCCUCCAGAGCACUUGCGAAAGAUCGUCAAAGACAUUGGAGAUGUGUCGCAAAAGAAAUUCAGCGCAGACAAGAGAAGUUAUCUUGGAGCGCUGAAGUUCAUGCCACAUGCUGUUCUGAAGCUGUUGGAAAAUAUGCCUAUGCCAUGGGAGAGCAGUCGGGAUGUAAAGGUCCUGUACCACGUCAAUGGAUGUUUGACAUUAGUCAACGAGAUUCCGAGAGUCAUCGAGCCAGUGUUUCACGCUCAGUGGGCGACGAUGUGGGUGGUCAUGCGACGAGAAAAGAGCGAUCGACGGCAUUUCAAGCGUAUGCGAUUCCCGCCUUUUGACGACGAGGAACCACCGCUUUCUUGGAGCGAGAACAUCGAGGACGUCGAGCCUUUGGAGCCAAUACAAAUGGAGCUGGACGAGAACGAGGACGAACCUGUGUUCGAGUGGUUCUACGAUCAUCGCCCGCUUUCUGACACUAGCCAUGUCAAUGGACCGAGUUACAAAGAGUGGAACCUGUCAUUACCGCAGAUGGCCACGCUGCAUCGAUUGAGUGACCCGCUGCUGUCGGACAUCAACGACAAGAAUUAUUUCCACCUCUUCGAUAUGCCAGCAUUUGCGACCGCAAAGGCGCUGAAUGUGGCGAUUCCUGGAGGACCACGAUUCGAACCUCUUUACAAGGAUAUCGACCCGAACGACGAAGACUUUGGCGAAUUCAACGCGAUCGAUCGAAUCAUCUUCCGUGCUCCCAUCCGAACUGAGUACCGUGUCGCCUUCCCAUAUCUGUACAACAGCUUGCCUAGAUCUGUCAAGCUCGGGGUCUACAGCUACCCGCAGACAGUUUACGUCAAGACCGAGGACCCAAAUCUACCGCCUUUCUACUUCGACCCAGUCAUAAAUCCUAUUUCUUCAAGGCAAGUGAUGCCGAAGAACCUGACAAUCAGCCACGAAGACGAGAUCUUUGGGCAAGGGAACAACGAAGAGCCGGACGAGGAAGACGGCGGCUUUGUCAUGCCAGAAGGUGUCGAACCAUUCCUCGAGGAUGAAGAUCUGUACAACGACGAUACUGCGGCAGCUAUCGCGUUGUGGUGGGCGCCAUAUCCAUUCGACAGGCGGUCAGGCAAGAUGGUGCGAGCUCAAGAUGUGCCGCUGGUCAAGCAGUGGUAUCUGGAGCACGUUCCAGCUGGUCAGCCUGUCAAGGUCAGAGUGUCCUAUCAGAAGUUGCUGAAGACAUAUGUCCUGAACGAGCUGCACAAGAAACCACCCAAGGCGCAGAACAAGCAAUUGCUUGGGCGCAACCUGAAGAGAACGAAAUUCUUCCAGCAGACCACCAUCGACUGGGUAGAGGCCGGUCUUCAGGUCUGCCGACAAGGUUUCAACAUGCUGAACUUGCUCAUCCACCGCAAGAACUUGACCUAUCUCCACCUGGACUACAACUUCAACCUGAAGCCUAUCAAGACUUUGACAACGAAAGAGCGAAAGAAAUCGCGUUUCGGAAAUGCUUUCCACUUGAUGCGUGAGAUCCUUCGAUUGACGAAGCUUAUCGUUGAUGCUCAAGUGCAAUACCGUCUUGGCAACAUCGACGCCUUCCAGCUGGCAGAUGGCAUACUCUACGCCUUCAACCACGUCGGCCAACUCACUGGUAUGUAUCGAUAUAAGUAUAAGCUUAUGCACCAGAUUCGAUCGUGCAAGGACUUGAAACACUUGAUCUACUAUCGAUUCAACAGUGGACCAGUUGGCAAGGGGCCUGGCUGCGGUUUCUGGGCUCCUGCGUGGAGAGUGUGGCUGUUCUUCUUGCGUGGUAUCAUCCCUCUACUGGAGCGAUGGCUCGGCAACUUGCUUAGCAGACAGUUCGAGGGUCGUCACUCGAAAGGUGUGGCAAAGACAGUCACCAAGCAACGUGUUGAGUCGCACUUCGAUCUCGAACUCCGCGCAUCUGUCAUGGCCGACUUGAUGGACAUGAUGCCGGAAGGUAUCAAGCAGAGUAAGGUCAACACAGUUUUGCAGCACUUGUCGGAGGCAUGGAGAUGCUGGAAGUCAAAUAUUCCUUGGAAGGUGCCCGGUCUGCCUAAGCCGAUUGAAGAUGUCAUUCUGCGAUACGUCAAGUCAAAGGCGGACUGGUGGGUAUCCGUCGCACACUACAACCGUGAGCGCAUCCGACGUGGUGCAACCGUGGACAAGACCGUGGCUAAGAAGAAUCUUGGUCGUCUCACUCGUCUGUGGUUGAAGGCUGAGCAGGAACGUCAGCACAACUAUCUCAAAGACGGUCCCUAUGUCAGCACCGAAGAGGGUGUCGCCAUUUUCACGACUGCGGUGCACUGGCUGGAGAGCAGGAAAUUCCAGCCUAUUCCAUUCCCAUCGGUCAGCUACAAGCAUGACACCAAGAUUUUGAUUCUGGCUCUCGAGCGUCUACGAGAAGCCUACUCGGUCAAGGGUAGACUGAACCAGAGUCAGCGCGAGGAGCUUGCACUCAUCGAGCAAGCAUAUGACAGCCCUGGCACGACUUUGGCGCGCAUUAAGCGCUUCCUGCUGACGCAGCGCUCAUUCAAGGAAGUUGGUAUUGACAUGAACGACAAUUACAGCUCGAUCAACCCAGUCUACGAUAUCGAACCCAUCGAGAAGAUCACAGAUGCCUAUCUUGAUCAGUACCUCUGGUACCAAGCAGAUCAGCGACGCUUGUUCCCAGCGUGGAUCAAGCCCUCUGACUCUGAAGUGCCCCCACUCCUCACCUAUAAAUGGGCGCAGGGCAUUAACAAUUUGUCGAACGUCUGGAGUGUCGACGAAGGCGAGUGCAACGUCAUGCUCGAAACGAGGCUGGACAAAGUGUAUGAGAAGAUCGACAUCACGCUUCUCAACAGACUGCUGCGACUGAUUAUGGACCACAACUUGGCUGACUAUAUCUCCUCCAAGAACAACGUUCAGCUGAACUAUAAGGACAUGAAUCACACCAACAGCUAUGGUAUGAUUCGAGGACUUCAGUUCAGCGCCUUUGUCUUCCAGUAUUACGGCUUGAUCAUCGAUCUGUUGUUGCUUGGCUUGCAGCGUGCAUCGGAAAUGGCUGGUCCACCAAAUGCGCCGAACGACUUUCUCCAAUUCCGGGACAGAGCCACGGAGAGUCGUCACCCCAUCCGACUCUACACACGCUACAUUGACAAGAUCUGGAUCUUCUUCCGCUUCACCGCUGACGAGUCGCGUGAUCUGAUACAACGCUUCCUCACCGAGCAACCAGAUCCAAACUUCGAGAAUGUCAUUGGAUACAAGAACAAGAAGUGCUGGCCUAGGGACUCACGUAUGCGCUUGAUGCGACACGAUGUCAACUUGGGACGUGCUGUUUUCUGGGAUAUGAAGAACCGCUUGCCACGUUCUAUCACCACUAUCGAGUGGGACGACACGUUCGCCAGUGUGUACAGCAGGGACAACCCGAAUUUGUUGUUCGCCAUGAACGGCUUCGAGGUCCGCAUUCUGCCAAAGAUUCGCAACCAGAACGACGAGUUCCCAACCAAAGACUCCGUCUGGGCGCUUGUUGACAAUGCUACCAAGGAACGCACCGCCCAUGCCUUCCUUCAGGUCACUGCCGAGGAUAUCGCCAAGUUCAACAACAGGAUUCGUCAGAUCUUGAUGAGCUCUGGCAGCACGACUUUCACCAAGAUCGCCAACAAGUGGAACACGACCCUCAUUGCACUGUUCACGUACUAUCGUGAAGCCGCAGUGAGCACGGUUGAGCUGCUUGACACAAUUGUGAAGUGCGAGACCAAGAUUCAAACUCGUGUCAAGAUUGGUCUCAAUUCCAAAAUGCCCUCGCGUUUCCCACCAGCCGUCUUCUACACUCCCAAGGAAUUGGGUGGUCUUGGUAUGAUCUCUGGUUCACACAUUCUCAUCCCAGCCUCGGACAAGCGCUGGUCCAAGCAGACCGAUAGUGGUGUCAGCCAUUUCCGCGCAGGCAUGAGCCACGAUGAAGAGACCCUCAUCCCCAACAUCUUCCGUUACAUUAUCCCAUGGGAGGCCGAAUUCAUCGACUCGCAACGCGUAUGGACCGAAUAUUCGCAGAAGAGACUUGAAGCUAACCAACAGAACCGACGUCUGACAUUGGAGGACCUGGAAGACUCCUGGGAUCGUGGUCUGCCCCGUAUCAACACACUUUUCCAAAAAGACCGAAGUACUUUGUCAUUUGACAAGGGUUUCAGAGCCCGGACGGAGUUCAAGAUCUAUCAACACAUGAAGAGCAAUCCCUUCUGGUGGACUAGCCAGAGGCAUGACGGAAAACUUUGGAAUCUCAAUGCCUACCGGACGGAUGUCAUCCAAGCGCUGGGAGGUGUUGAGACCAUUCUGGAACACACGUUAUUCAAAGCUACAGCUUUUCCAAGUUGGGAGGGCUUGUUCUGGGAGAAAGCCUCCGGGUUCGAGGAAUCGAUGAAGUACAAGAAGCUCACGAACGCUCAACGAUCCGGUCUCAACCAGAUUCCAAACCGUCGUUUCACGCUCUGGUGGUCGCCUACCAUCAAUCGUGCCAAUGUCUACGUCGGUUUCCAAGUCCAAUUGGAUCUCACGGGUAUCUUCUUGCACGGAAAGAUUCCAACACUCAAGAUCUCGCUCAUCCAGAUCUUCCGGGCCCACUUGUGGCAGAAGAUCCACGAGUCCGUUGUCAUGGACCUGUGCCAAGUCUUCGACCAGGAACUCGAGGCUUUGGGCAUCGAGACUGUGCAGAAGGAGACUAUCCAUCCGCGAAAGUCCUACAAGAUGAACUCUUCCUGCGCUGAUAUCCUCCUCUUUGCGUCUCACAAGUGGAGUGUCAGCCAGCCGAGCUUGUUGUACGACACCAAGGACAACAUGGGCCUAACGACUACGAACAAGUUCUGGAUCGAUGUGCAGCUCAGAUAUGGAGACUACGAUUCACACGAUAUCGAGAGAUACGUCCGUGCCAAGUAUCUGGACUACACGACUGAUAGCAUGUCGAUUUACCCAUCGGCUACCGGCUUGAUGAUCGGCAUUGAUCUGGCAUACAAUUUGUACUCUGCUUACGGGCAGUACUUCCCUGGUCUCAAGCAGCUGGUACAACAAGCCAUGGCCAAGAUCAUGAAGGCCAAUCCAGCGCUGUACGUGCUCCGCGAGCGUAUUCGAAAGGGUUUGCAGCUGUACGCAUCUGAGAGUAACCAGGAGUUCCUCAACUCUCAGAACUACUCAGAGCUGUUCAGCAACCAGAUCCAGCUCUUCAUCGACGACACCAAUGUCUACCGUGUUACGAUCCACAAGACGUUUGAAGGCAACUUGACAACCAAGCCGAUCAACGGUGCUAUCUUCAUCUUCAAUCCUCGAACUGGUCAACUGUUCUUGAAGAUCAUUCACACCAGUGUCUGGGCUGGUCAGAAGCGCCUUGGUCAGCUCGCCAAGUGGAAGACGGCCGAAGAAGUGGCUGCACUUAUUCGAUCUUUGCCAGUGGAAGAACAGCCCAAGCAGCUCAUUGUCACGCGAAAGGGUCUCCUCGACCCCCUCGAAGUGCACUUGCUCGAUUUCCCGAAUAUCAGCAUUCGUGCAUCAGAGCUUCAACUUCCUUUCCAGGCUGCCAUGAAGGUCGAGAAGCUAGGAGACAUGAUUCUGCGUGCCACUGAGCCGCAGAUGGUGCUGUUCAAUCUCUACGAUGAAUGGCUGAAGAGCAUCUCUUCGUAUACCGCGUUCUCCCGUCUGGUCCUGAUAUUGCGUGCACUGCACGUCAACCAGGAUAAGACAAAGCUGCUGCUGCGACCCGACAAGACUGUCAUCACGCAGGAACACCACAUCUGGCCCUCGCUUUCCGACGAUGACUGGGUCAAGGUCGAAGUGCAAUUGCGUGACCUCAUCUUGAAUGACUACGGCAAGAAGAAUAACGUCAACACCUCUUCGCUCACCAAUAGCGAAAUUCGAGACAUCAUCCUUGGUAUGGAAAUUUCCGCACCAAGUAUGCAACGUCAACAGGCCGCAGAGAUCGAGCAGCAGCAACAGGAUCAAGCUCAACUCACCGCUGUCACUACCAAGACGCAGAACGUGGCUGGCGAGGAGAUGAUUGUUACUACAACGUCGGCAUACGAGCAGCAGUCCUUUGCAUCCAAGACCGAGUGGCGGACGCGAGCCAUCGCCACAUCGAACCUGCGGACACGUGCCAACAACAUCUACAUUUCCUCUGAAGACAUUCGCGACGAUGAACACCACUUCACCUACGUCAUGCCAAAGAACAUCCUGAAGCGCUUCAUUGCCGUUGCAGAUCUUCGUGUGCAGGUCGCUGGCUACCUUUACGGUGUCUCUCCGCCAGACAACAAGCAAGUCAAGGAAAUCAAGACGAUCGUAAUGGUUCCUCAAGUUGGCUCAACGCGCGACAUCCAGCUCCCACGCAACCUGCCGGAAAACGAGAUGCUGCAAGGUCUCGAGCCACUGGGUGUCAUCCACACCUCGGCAGGCAACGAGACCAACUACAUGACGGCACAGGAUGUCACUCAACACGCCAAAUUGAUGGCGGCUCACCCAUCAUGGGAUCGCAAGACUGUGACCAUGACUGUGAACUUCACACCUGGCUCGGUCUCUCUUUCUGCAUGGUCUCUGACGCCUCAAGGCUACCAGUGGGGCGCAGAGAACAAGGACCUGUCAUCCGACCAGCCUGCCGGAUUCUCUACUGCUUUCGGCGAGAAAUCUCAACUUCUUCUGUCGGACAAGAUCCGAGGAUAUUUCUUGGUGCCGGAGGAUGAGAGAUGGAAUUGGUCUUUCUUGGGAUCUGGCUUUGGUGAUCGCGAGAAGGGCCGCGUGUUUGUGCAAGUCGGCAUCCCGCGACGAUUUUACGAUGAUGUGCAUCGACCCAUCCAUUUCCAGAAUUUCGCUGAGCUGGAGGAUGUUUGGGUCGACAGGAGCGAUAAUCUGGCAUAAGGGAGGUUAGGAGAAGAAGAUGAGAAUUGAGCAUGAGGCGGAAAGCUCAACGAAUAGCGACGAGUGUACAUGACUUUCGGACAGCAUCAGCGUAAGGCGUUUAAGAGGCGCCUAGAUAUGGCUCAGGAUGAUUGUGGAAAAGGAAAAGGUGAAUGCAGUUGUAAGAUUACAUUGCUGCGUCGAUGGAAUCUAGAGCUUGUCUUGCAUAGUGUGCACGAAAGAUUGCUCAAUGUGUAAAAUCUUCAACUUUCCGAAGAACAGUCGCAUAAAAGGAGUGGACUGAGAUCAUCAUUCGAGUCCUUGUGCUAAAUCACUGAAUUGGCGGCGACCGAGCAUGACCAGAGUACCAACAGAGCGGUGAGCAAAGGUUGCCUGCAUCGAUUAUGCAGGAGCAGUUCGCACAGCAUUGAAUGCAGAACCAUUCAACCAUCACCCGCGAACCAGGCGGGCUCAGGUGAGGAUGACGACGCCACGUCAGGUACCAUUACUGUGCCAUUAGUCAAUCGCAGUCCCACGACAUGUUGCAGACAAACAAGCA